AUGCCAAGUCGCGGUCUGAUGCCGGGAAUCAUGAUAACUAUUAUGGCAGCAGACUUCGGACAAGGUGCCUUCACCGAAAUCGAAGGAGAUUGCCUCGAAAUCAGCGUCAGCAUGAAUGUUCCAGUAAAGCCAAUCGACAGCUGGUCAAGAGGAAUCCAUCGUCGUCUUGUAGUAGAACCGACCUUCGAAUCUCUUCAUCCAACACUUUAA